CCUCACUGCCCGCCCAGGAUGCACCGCGCGACCUCAACAUGGCGGCGCCCAGCGCUCGCUGUUGCCUUGGUAACAUGCGGUUGUGGCUCGGUGGGGUGAGGAGGCCGCGGGGUCUUGUUGUAGCGGUGUCAGGUCUCUGUGCCCGGCGACAUCAUGUGACUUCGCUGCCCGGUAACCACGUGUCUCCGUCUUCCCCGGCCGUGCUGUCUCAGCUGUCCCCCGGCCUCACCCUGCAGCCGGACUUCAUCACCACCGAGGAGGAGGCCCUGCUGUGCCGGGAGCUGGAGCCUGUGCUGAGGAAGAAGCGCUACGAGGGCGGCCAUUGGGAUGACGCGAUCCAUGGCUUCCGAGAGGUAGAGCGCCAGUACUGGUCCCCAGACUCCUCCGCCAUCAUACAGAGGGCGAGAGACAAGGCUUUCCCCCCUGGAGAGAACCAGUUAUCCCUGGUCCAUGUCUUAGACCUGCAGAAAGAUGGCUACAUCAAGCCUCACGUGGACAGUGUUAAGUUCUGUGGUAGCACCAUUGCUGGCAUCUGCUUACUAUCCAGUAGUGUCAUGCGGCUGGUGUCUGUGGAUAACCCAGAGGAGCGGGCGGAUCUGUUGCUGCCCAGACGUUGUCUGUAUGUUAUAAGCGAUGUAGCUCGCUACAAGUUUACCCAUGAAAUUCUGCGCUGUGAGGAUUCCUUUUUCAGCGGCGUGCCUGUGCCCCGGGAGCGCCGCAUCUCGGUUAUAUGCAGAAACCUACCCGUGAGCUGAUGAGGCCCCAUAGCGGAAGACGGACUUGUAUUCAGGUGCUGACUAAGCUUUAUGUGGUUCUCACCCCCUAUGUACCAGUGUUUCCCAACCAGGGUGACUCCAGCUGUUGGAAAACUACAACU